AUGUCGAGUUUACGUUUUUUUCUUGUCUCUACACAACAACCAUCAAUUCGUCGUUUAUCAACUUUAACACAAGUUAUUGAAAAACGUCUAAAUCCUGAACUUGAAUCUAUUCGACAAGCAGGCACAUGGAAAAAUGAACGAGUUAUUUCUACUAGUCAAAGUGCACAUAUUAAAGUCGAACGAUCACCAAAUAAACUUUUAAAUUUUUGUGCAAAUAAUUAUUUGGGUUUAGCAAAUAAUAGUGAAAUUAUUGCAGCAUCUAAGAAUGCUCUUGACGAAUAUGGAUCUGGUCUAAGUUCUGUACGAUUCAUUUGUGGUACACAAACCAUUCAUAAACAACUUGAACAACGCAUUGCAAAAUUUCAUCAACGAGAAGAUGCUAUACUUUAUAUAUCUUGUUUUGAUGCGAAUGCAGGAAUUUUUGAAACAUUACUUAAAGAACACGAUUAUAUUAUUAGCGAUGAAUUAAAUCAUGCAUCAAUUAUUGAUGGUAUUCGUUUAUGUAAAGCUAAACGAUUACGUUAUAAACAUAAAGAUAUGUCUGAUCUUGAAGCAAAAUUACAAGAAAGUUUAAAGGGAAAAGAUGAAAAUGCUAUUCGAUUAAUUGCUACCGAUGGCGUAUUUUCAAUGGAUGGAACAAUCGCACCAUUACCUGAUAUUAAACGUUUAGCAGAUAAAUAUAAAGCAUUAGUUUUUGUUGAUGAAUGUCAUGCUACUGGAUUUUUUGGUCCUACAGGUCGUGGUACAGAAGAACAUUUUGGAAUGACUGGACAAAUUGAUAUUAUUAAUUCAACAUUAGGUAAAGCACUUGGUGGAGCAGCUGGUGGAUAUACAACAGGACCAAAAGCUCUUAUUGAUCUUUUAAGACAACGUUCAAGACCCUAUCUUUUCUCCAAUACACUUCCUCCUGCUAUUGUGGGUAGUGCUAUGAAAGCUAUUGAUUUAAUUGAAAGUGAUACAAGUUUACCUGGUCGUGUACUCGAAAAUGCGAAAUAUUUUCGUGAAGAAAUGCAAGCAUUGGGUUUUAAAAUCUUAGGUGAUGCACAUCCAAUCUGUCCAGUAAUGCUUGGUGAUGCUCGAUUAGCAAGUCAAUUUGCAGAUGAAAUGCUUAAACGAGAUAUUUAUGUUAUUGGAUUCAGUUUCCCUGUGGUACCUAAGGAUCGUGCUCGUAUUCGUGUACAAGUAUCAGCUGCCCAUUCAAAAGCUGAUCUGAAACGAUGUAUUGAUGCAUUUGCUCAAGUUGGUCGACAACUUAAAAAUAUAAACAUGUCGAACGAAAGAAAAACUUGGCCUGAAUUUGUUGGUAAAGAUGCCAACGAAGUCGAAAGUCAAUUAAAAGCUGAAGGUUUUAAUGUUGAAAUCAAAGAAGAUGGAUCACCAUGUACACGUGAUUAUCGUCUCGAUCGUGUCCGAUUAUUUGUUGAUGAUAACAAUAAAAUUGUUCGUGCACCAACAAAUGGUUAA